AUGUCCUCCCCACCAGCUCCUGAAACCAUCACCCCUUCUCAACUCGCUUACCUGCUCUCCAUUUACCCUGUCACCCUUGAAAAGGCAUACAAGCUGAACACCCGCUUGAAAGACCCAAAGAAGCUAUCCGGUGCUCUCGAGGAUGACAGGUGGAGGUAUGAUCAGCUUCCAAGGAUUCUCGCUGCCAGAAGAGCAGUUGGGAAGGAAGGUGAGAAGGGCGAAGGCGCACCGUGGCUCGAGAAGGCGGAGUUGGAGAGAUUGGUGGGCUGGAAGAUAACCCACGGCACUCACCGCCCAUUUCUCCCCUCCCUCAUCCGCCAGAAUAGCCCCGAACUCAUCCAAUCCACCACCCAAUCCGCCUUCUCCAGCAUCCGCACUCCCGCUCACACCCUUCCUCCCCAAGAACAUAUUCCAUACCCCAAAGUCUCAACCUCCCUCACAACCCUAACCAAACCCCUGAAAGGCGUUGGCCCGGCAACCGGCACCCUCCUCCUCAGCGUCUACCACCCAGACACCAUCCCCUUCUUCAGCGAUGAGUUGUAUGCAUGGCUUGUCCUCCAGCGUCAACAAGCAGACACCAGGGAGGAGAAGGCGAAAAUGAAGCUGAAGUACGACAUGAAGGAGUAUCAGCGGCUGUAUGAGGCAUGGGCUGACUUUAGGGAGGGCUUGGGCUUGAGGGGAUAUAGGAAGGUGAAAGCGGUGGAGGUUGAGAAGGUUGCGUUUGUGGUUGGGUGGUGGCAUCUACUUGACGAGGAAGAAAAACGCCUUGUAAACAUGGGAGAGGGUGGGCAUGAAGCGCAAGAUAAGGACGAGAAGCAUGAUGAGGUAUUGGGGGAAGGCAGCGACGAUGCUGAAAGGACGAAGUGGUUGAGACUUACGGAAGGGAUUAAGGGAAAGGGCACCAAUGAGGGCAAUGCUAACGCUGGCAAGAGUGGGGAUGGAUUGGUCAAAACCACAUUGACAGUUAAGGUUGGGGACGAGAAGGUGGUAAGUGUGCCCAGGAAAGAAAUUGAGAUGAAGAGGGAGAGGCAGCCUGUCAACGACGAACCCACCAUAAGACGAUCAAAGAGACUGAAAAGGUCAUGA